ACUCCCUGAUUAAAUGCACAUAAACAAAAUCGGAAACAAAAUGAAAAAGUUGGUGAAAAGAGAGAGUAAAGAAGAAAUAGUAACAUCUUUUACAACCAAUCACACACAAAUAACGUAAUCAAUAGAAGAAAACUUUUUGCAAAACAUUCUUUCUUUUAAGAAGAGAGAGACGAGACCACCGUCGCCGGGAAGUGACGUCACCAAAAAAAAGUUGUCAAUGGGUGCCACAGAGCCCGCGGUUGAAGAGAGAGAAAACAGAGGAGGAGAGAGGGAGGAAGAAGAAACAGAGAAGAAGCAGAGAAGAGUAAAAGCUCCGGAAGAGGAGGCAGAAGGAGAAGAGUCAAAGGACAAAGAACAUCACAGAUUCUUGGCGAGUUUGAACAGACUGAACCCAACAAACCCUCUUCGGAUCAUCGUUAACAAUGGUGGCGGCUCUAGAUUCACUACUCCUCCUUCCUCAAGAGUUCCUCCGCCCACUCAGACGCCUCCCACUCGAGCCCCACCGCCUGAAGAGCCUCACCCACCGCCGUCUCCUUCUCCCGCAACACCGCCUCAGCCGCAACCUCUUCAACAACAAUCUCGGUCCCUCUUCACACCAACACCUCAACAAACUUUGGCAUCACUGAACUCAACAAAGUACACAAACAAGUUCUUUCUCCUCCUCUUCAUACUUCACAAAGUUGUGGCUAUAGCCUUUGUUUGCUUCCUCGUCUUCCGUGGCGUCCAAGGUCUAAUAGGUUCCAACGGUACCGUCAAAAGGAAAGAGCAAAGGAUCCUCAAGUUCCUACUCCCACAAGUCGAAGCUGCGUCGUUGCUCAGCAUCAUACUCGCCUUCUCAUGGCAAAUGGCGUUUCGUCUAUGGCCUGACUUCAUGAUCCACUUCAUUCUCUGGAGUACGUUCUUGAUGUCUCUCUCCUCAGGGAUACUCUUGCUCUGUUUCCAGAUGCCGGCGACAGACGCUGUUGGGGUUUGCCUCAUCGCGUUCUCCAUCGGUAACGGUUUAUACGCUUGCUGGGUCACUCGCAGGAUCAAGUUCUGUUCCAAGAUACUGGUCAAGUCGUUAGAACCCGUUUCCAAGUUCUCGGAUCUUAACUUACCAACUUACUACAUGUUAGCUGCUGGUUUCUUGUGGAUGUCGCUUUGGAUCUUCGGUGUCAUCGGUGCCUUGAACUUCCCUUUCCCGUCGUUGGUGAUUAUUGCUUUGGUGCUGAGUUUGGCUUGGACGACCGAAGUGAUGAGGAAUAUUGUUAACUUAACUGUGAGUAGGGUCGUUGCUCUGUUCUAUCUUAGGGGGAUGCAGUCUAGUACACGGUUUAGUUUCCAAAGGGCCUUGUCUCGUAACCUGGGGAGUGCGUGUUUGGGGUCUUUGUUUGUUCCAACGAUUGAAGCCUUGAGAAUAUUGGCAAGAGGGUUGAAUUUGCUCAAGGGUGAAGAUGAGUUCAUGUUUUGCUGCGCUAAUUGUUGUCUUAAACUCAUGACAUUCAUAUUCGAGCAUGGCAAUAGCUGGGCCUUUGUGCAGAUAGCAGCGUAUGGGAAAGGAUUUGUGAGAGCGUCACAAGACACAUGGAAACUGUUUGAGGAUGCAGAUAUGGUUGAGAUAGUUGAUGCAGACAUAACAAGCUCUAUAUGCUUCCUUACAGGCAUUUGCAGUGGCUGCGUCUGUGUUAUUGUGGCGGCUGCUUGGACAUACACAGUUUACAAACCUUUUACAGCCACCAUCUCCUUACUUGCCUUCUUCAUUGGAUACCUCAUGCAGACGAGAAUCUCAAUGGCAUUGCCUCACGCUUGCGUAAGUUGCUACUACGCAUGCUACGCUGAGAAUUCAGAAAGCAGAUUCUUCGACAAAACUAUAAGAGAUAGACAAGCUUUGAUCAAGAAUGGCCGUGUUGUUGUCCCCACCCCUAGAGUCCGCCGCGCUGUAGCCUAGUCCGGGGUCAUGGCUCUGCUUAAUCUCUUUGUUUUUUCCUUCCAUACCUGAUUGAAAUGGCUAGGUGUUAAAUUUUCCAGAAAUAAAUAAAUAGUUUUUUUUAAUUAAAAUUGUAUUUAAAACUUGAAAAUUAAUUUAGUUUACAGUCAGAGUGAA